AUGAGCCCAUUUUCAGUCACAGCAAAACCCAGUCAUGAUUUCUCCUAUUUUAAUUCAAUUCUUUCUAAUUUAAAGAAGCCCUGUAUCAUAUCCAAUUAUUCAUCGGGAAAGAAAUCCUUGAUCCCAAAUUUGAAUACAGAUUGCAGUGUAUGGAACAGAGCUUGUUCUGAGGAGAUUUUGAAAUUUGCGAGGAACCCAGAAAAUGUAAAAUGGAUUAAAUCAGUGAGGAGAAGAAUCCAUGAGUACCCAGAACUCGCUUUUGAAGAAUUCGAGACGAGUCAGCUUAUUCGGCGAGAACUGGAUAGAAUGGAAAUUGGUUAUAGGUUUCCUUUGGCUAAAACUGGGAUUAGAGCCAUAAUAGGUACUGGGGGGCCUCCUUUUGUUGCACUCAGGGCUGAUAUGGACGCUCUACCAAUUCAGGAACUUGUUGAAUGGGAGCACAAAAGCAAAAAUGAUGGUAAAAUGCAUGCCUGCGGACAUGAUGUGCACGUGGCCAUGCUUAUAGGUGCAGCGAAGAUUUUGAAAGCGCGUGAAAAACAUUUACAGGGGACUGUCAUACUACUAUUUCAGCCAGCUGAAGAAGCUGGAAAUGGAGCAAAAAGAAUGAUGGGAGACGGAGCCCUUGUAGAUAUCGAGGCUAUAUUCGCAGUUCACGUAUCCCAUCAGCUCCCUACCGGUGUCAUUGGGUCAAGAACUGGUCCUUUACUUGCUGGUGUUGGCUUCUUCAGAGCUGUUAUUACUGGUAGACAGGGCAAAGCGGGAAGUCCCCACCAGUCCGUUGACCCCGUCUUUGCAGCCUCAGCAGCCGUGAUCAGCUUACAGGGUGUCGUUUCUCGAGAAGCAAAUCCUUUAGACUCUCAGGUGGUCUCGGUAACUUUCUUUCACAGUGGAGAUGAUCUUGAUGUCAUACCAGAUAAGGUUGAGUUUGGUGGCACCUUAAGGGCAUUUUCUAACGUGAGCUUCUACCAACUUGUCAAAAGAAUAGAAGAGGUAAUUGUAGAUCAAGCUCGGGUUUUCAGAUGCUCGGCCACAGUCGACUUUUUUAAGGACGAAGACACAAUUUACCCACCAAUGGUAAACGAUGACCGCAUGUACGAACAUGUAAAGAAGGUCUCCACCGAUUUGACAGGACCCGAAAAUUUCCAAGUCGUCCAGCCAGUAAUGGGGGGUGAGGACUUCUCAUUCUACUCUGAGGUGAUCCCGGCGGCCUUCUACUACAUCGGCAUUAUGAACGAGACUCUAGGCUCAGUACACUCAGCACAUUCACCACAUUUCAUGAUCGACGAAGAUGUCCUCCCAGUAGGCGCAGCAACUCACGCUGCCAUAGCUGAGAGAUAUCUCAGCGACUAUCAUGAUCUGCACUAA